AUGGAAAAGACAAAAACAAAUAACUCUAAUUAUUUGCAAAAUAUUAAUUUCAUAUGUUCCUAUCAACAUGAAAAAUCUAGUUUGGCGGCAUGGGGAAAUUCAUCUAAUCUACCAUUGAAUUUGAGAAAGAUCACUGAUAUCAAUAUUGCAAAAUACAUCGAAGAUAACUGGGAAUCUUUAAGACACGAAUGGGAACCUUACGCUAAAAGAGAUACGUUAUGUCUUGGAGCUUGUUUGAUAAAAUAUAACAAAGUUAUGAAAGAAGUUGUAUUCCAGAAUAUUUCCAAUAAUCUAACGGCUCCUUCUUUAUCUUUAAAGGCGAAUAUCCAAGUGGAAAGUGCUAGAAAAUGUUUACCUGAGGAAGAAGAAGAAUUUGUCAAGCUCUUUAAUGAGCAGAAAUUCAUACCUAGAACGGCUAUUUUAAAAGUCUGGUUUAAAUAUCCUACCAAUAUGUUCUUCCAACCCAUACCAGCUAAAGAUAAAAUUACUUUUACGAACAAAGAAGGUAAUAAGGAAACUGGCACUAAAAUCAGGUUCAGAAAUGGUUUCUGUUCAGAACUUUUAACAUCGGUCGAUAUUCAAGAACUAGUUAAAGCCGGUGGACGAAUUAUUGGAAUAUUAGAUGGUAUAGUAUACGAAGAAAAUUUUAAAACUCCACCAUAUAGAGAUUAUAUUUUAAUUUUGAGAGAUCUAAGAAAUAAAUAUAAACGAGAAGGUAAUAUCGUAGGUAGUAAUUGUAUGAAAUUAUCAGGUAAUUCUAUUCAGAAGGAUAUAACUACAUCGAGACAUUUAUGGAGUGAAGCAAGUUUAAAAGCCAACUUCGAUUCACACGUCAAAAACUAUCCUAAAGUAAAUGAGACUCAACAUAUCGUUCAGAUAAAUGAAGAAGAAAAAGAAUUUGACUGUAUACCUCCUAAAUCUACACGACUAACACCUAGUCAUUUGGGGUCAUUCGUAUUAUCUCACAGUAAAAAAAUAAUGAAUAAUUUUAUUCACGUAAUAGAUUUAUAA